UAGGUUUGGGAACCUCCAGCGAGUCCCAUCUCAAGUGCUGACUCGUGUGUGUGUGUGUGUGUGUGUUUAGUUAGCUGGCACGCAACACUUCCCCAGGGUUGUGUUUCCUUUUUCCUGAGAUUUGGCGAAGGGUAAAGGGUCGGAGUCACAUGGAUACAAAGCAUUUGAUUAAUGUCCAAGUCACCGCUGUGGCUGCCGGAGCAGCCUCUCCUCCAGCUCGGGCCGCGUGAGGCCACAGCAGCGCCGCAGGACACGCAGGGCUGGGACCAGCGCCCCCUCUCCCGGGAGUUUCCUCAACAGAGACCCAAACUCCCGCGCCGCCGGAGGUCCGGCCCGCACGCCCGCGCCCCCAGCCCCAACCCCAGCGCCUCCCAGGAGGGUGAAGUCGCCCGUCCCUCCUCGGACUUUGCGCAGGCGGCAACUUUCCUUUCUGGCCGCCGGCGGCCGGCAGCAGCGGGCGCGCCGGGCAGCGCGCAGCACAGCCCGCCAGCCCCGCGUCCCGCCGCCCACCAUGAGUGAGGAGAGCCGCGGCGACGGCCGCGCCGAGAGCGCCAAGGACCUGGAGAAACAGCUUCGCCUGCGCGUGUGCGUGCUCAGCGAGCUGCAGAAGACCGAGCGCGACUAUGUGGGCACGCUGGAGUUCCUGGUGUCGGCAUUCUUGCACCGAAUGAACCAGUGUGCAGCAUCGAAAGUUGACAAAAAUGUCACAGAGGAAACAGUGAAGAUGUUGUUCUCAAACAUUGAAGAAAUCCUUGCGGUGCACAGAGAAUUCUUAAAAGUUGUGGAAGAAUGCUUACAUCCUGAACCUAAUGCUCAACAAGAAGUGGGAACCUGCUUUCUUCACUUUAAAGACAAAUUUCGUAUCUAUGAUGAAUACUGUAGUAACCAUGAAAAGGCACAGAAGUUGCUUCUUGAACUUAACAAAAUAAGAACAAUCCGGACGUUUCUUUUGAACUGCAUGCUGCUUGGAGGACGAAAGAACACAGAUGUCCCCCUGGAAGGAUAUUUAGUGACACCCAUCCAAAGGAUAUGCAAAUACCCUCUGCUUUUGAAGGAGUUGCUGAAGCGGACCCCACGGAAACACAGUGACUACACCGCAGUGAUGGAGGCCCUCCACGCCAUGAAAGCUGUCUGUUCCAACAUAAACGAGGCCAAGAGACAGAUGGAGAAAUUGGAGGUUUUAGAGGAAUGGCAGUCUCACAUUGAAGGCUGGGAGGGGUCCAACAUCACUGACACCUGCACUGAAAUGCUAAUGUGUGGAGUCUUACUGAAAAUUUCUUCUGGAAAUAUUCAAGAACGGGUGUUUUUUCUUUUUGAUAAUCUUUUGGUGUACUGCAAAAGAAAGCACAGACGGUUGAAGAACAACAAGGCUUCCACAGAUGGACACCGCUACCUUUUUCGUGGCCGGAUCAAUACAGAGGUGAUGGAGGUGGAAAAUGUGGAUGAUGGCACAGCUGAUUUCCAUAGCAGUGGACACAUUGUUGUUAAUGGGUGGAAGAUACAUAACACAGCAAAAAAUAAAUGGUUUGUGUGCAUGGCAAAAACACCUGAAGAGAAGCAUGAAUGGUUUGAAGCUAUUUUAAAAGAAAGAGAGCGGCGAAAAGGUUUAAAAUUAGGAAUGGAACAAGACACCUGGGUAAUGAUCUCUGAACAGGGUGAGAAACUUUAUAAAAUGAUGUGCAAACAAGGAAACCUCAUCAAAGACAGAAAAAGAAAACUGACCACGUUUCCUAAGUGCUUUCUUGGAAGUGAAUUUGUAUCAUGGCUAUUGGAAAUUGGAGAGAUUCACAGGCCUGAGGAAGGCGUUCACUUGGGACAAGCAUUAUUAGAAAAUGGAAUCAUCCACCAUGUUACAGAUAAACAUCAAUUCAAACCAGAGCAAAUGUUAUAUAGAUUUCGCUAUGAUGAUGGAACAUUUUAUCCAAGAAAUGAGAUGCAGGAUGUGAUUUCGAAGGGUGUAAGAUUAUACUGUCGUCUUCACAGUCUGUUUACUCCAGUGAUAAGAGAUAAAGAUUACCAUUUAAGGACCUACAAAUCUGUGGUCAUGGCCAACAAACUGAUAGACUGGUUAAUUGCACAGGGGGAUUGCCGCACCAGAGAAGAGGCGAUGAUAUUUGGCACUGGACUCUGUGACAAUGGAUUUAUGCACCAUGUCCUUGAAAAAAGUGAAUUCAAAGAUGAGCCCCUACUUUUCCGCUUUUUUGCGGAUGAAGAAAUGGAAGGAUCAAAUAUGAAACACCGACUUAUGAAGCAUGACUUAAAGGUUGUGGAAAAUGUCAUAGCUAAGUCAUUAUUGAUCAAAUCUAAUGAAGGCAGCUAUGGCUUUGGGUUAGAAGACAAAAAUAAAGUUCCAAUAAUAAAGUUAGUAGAAAGGGGAUCUAAUGCUGAGAUGGCUGGCAUGGAAGUUGGGAAAAAGAUCUUUGCCAUUAAUGGUGACCUAGUUUUUAUGAGACCUUUCAAUGAAGUGGAUUGCUUCCUGAAAUCAUGCUUAAAUAGCAGAAAACCUCUAAGAGUUCUUGUGAGCACAAAACCAAGGGAGACAGUGAAAAUCCCAGAUUCAGCUGAUGGGCUUGGAUUCCAGAUCCGAGGAUUUGGCCCAUCGGUUGUACAUGCAGUAGGAAGAGGAACUGUGGCCGCAGCUGCUGGCCUUCACCCUGGACAGUGUAUCAUCAAAGUAAAUGGAAUCAACGUCAGCAAGGAGACACACGCGAGUGUCAUUGCCCACGUGACAGCCUGCAGGAAGCACAGGCGGCCAACCAGGCAAGACUCCAUACAAUGGGUUUAUAACAGCAUUGAGAGUGCACAAGAGGACCUUCAAAAGUCUAACUCCAAACCCCCUGGAGAUGAAGCAGGGGAUGCCUUUGACUGCAAGGUAGAAGAGGUCAUUGACAAGUUCAACACCAUGGCCAUCAUUGAUGGGAAGAAGGAGCAUGUGAGUCUGACGGUGGACAACGUCCACCUGGAAUACGGGGUUGUAUAUGAGUACGACAGCACAGCUGGGAUAAAGUGCAACGUGGUGGAGAAGAUGAUCGAGCCCAAAGGGUUCUUCAGCUUAACUGCUAAGAUUCUUGAAGCCCUGGCAAAGAGUGAUGAUCAUUUUGUACAAAACUGCAGCAGCCUUAAUUCUCUCAAUGAAGUGAUUCCCGCUGACCUUCAGAGCAAAUUCAAUGCCAUUUGCAGUGAAAGAAUUGAGCAUAUAUGUCAGAGAAUAUCCAGCUAUAAAAAGUUUUCUCGUGUACUGAAGAAUAGAGCAUGGCCCACCUUCAAACAGGCCAAAUCUAAAAUCUCCCCACUGCACAGCAGUGAUUUCUGCCCUACCAACUGUCACGUCAAUGUGAUGGAAGUUUCUUAUCCCAAAACAUCGACCUCACUCGGGAGUGCAUUUGGUGUCCAGUUGGAUAGUAGGAAGCAUAACUCUCAUGAUAAAGAGAAUAAAUCUACUGAACAAGGGAAGCUGAGCCCCAUGGUGUACAUUCAACACACCAUCACCACUAUGGCGGCCCCUUCGGGUCUGUCUCUGGGACAGCAAGAUGGCCAUGGUCUCCGCUAUUUAUUAAAAGAAGAAGACUUAGAAACCCAAGAUAUCUACCAGAAACUGCUGGGCAAACUCCAGACAGCACUGAAAGAAGUGGAGAUGUGUGUUUGUCAAAUAGAUGACCUUCUGUCUUCGAUAACAUAUUCUCCUAAAUUGGAGCGUAAGACUUCAGAGUGUGUAAUACCAAUGGACAGUGACAACGAGAAGGGAGAACGAAAUAGCAAACGAGUUUGUUUCAACGUAGCAGGAGAUGAGCAAGAAGAUUCCGGUCAUGACACCAUCAGCAACAGAGACUCCUACAGCGACUGCAACAGCAACAGGAACUCCAUCGCCUCCUUUACCAGCAUUUGUAGCAGCCAGUGCAGUUCAUAUUUUCACAGCGAUGAGAUGGACUCAGGUGAUGAACUUCCCCUCAGUGUUCGCAUUUCUCAUGAUAAACAGGACAAGAUUCACAGUUGUCUUGAGCAUCUUUUUAGCCAGGUGGAUUCGAUCACUAAUCUUCUAAAAGGGCAAGCUGUUGUGAGGGCUUUUGAACAAACCAAGUAUCUCACACCAGGACGAGGACUGCAAGAAUUUCAACAGGAAAUGGAACCAAAGCUGAGUUGUCCAAAAAGGUUACGGCUUCACAUCAAGCAAGAUCCUUGGAAUCUUCCCAGCAGCGUCCAGUCACUUGCUCAGAACAUCAGAAAAUUUGUUGAAGAGGUAAAGUGUAGGAUACUACUGGCUCUUCUUGAAUAUUCAGACAGUGAGACACAGCUCCGGAGAGACAUGGUUUUCUGCCAGAGUCUGGUGGCCACCGUCUGUGCCUUCUCUGAGCAGCUCAUGGCAGCCUUAAACCAGAUGUUUGACAACAGCAAGGAAAAUGAGAUGGAAACCUGGGAAGCCAGCAGAAGAUGGCUGAACCAGAUAGCAAAUGCAGGUGUCCUCUUUCACUUCCAGUCACUUCUGUCACCAAACCUGACAGACGAGCAAGCCAUGCUGGAAGAUACACUAGUUGCACUAUUUGAUUUGGAAAAGGUUUCUUUCUACUUUAAACCAUCAGAAGAGGAACCACUGGUUGCAAGGAGUAACGGAAGACUAAAUGUCAUUGUAGAUGUUCCUCUUACUUAUCAAGCAGAAGGAAGCCGGCAAGCUCUGAAAGUUUACUUCUACAUCGAUAGCUAUCAUUUUGAGCAACUGCCUCAACGGUUGAAAAAUGGAGGAGGAUUUAAAAUUCAUCCUGUUCUUUUUGCACAAGCGUUGGAGAGCAUGGAAGGAUAUUAUUAUAGGGACAAUGUUUCAGUGGAAGAAUUCCAAGCUCAGAUAAAUGCAGCCUCAUUGGAGAAGGUCAAACAAUACAACCAGAAACUCAGGGCGUUCUACUUGGACAAGUCAAAUUCACCAUCCAACUCUACGUCCAAAGCUGCCUAUGUAGAUAAGCUAAUGAGGCCUCUCAAUGCUCUGGAUGAACUUUAUCGACUGGUUGCCUCAUUCAUCAGAUCCAAACGCACAGCUGCCUGUGCGAACACAGCUUGCAGUGCCUCUGGAGUUGGACUGCUCUCAGUGGCCUCGGAGCUGUGCGACAGGCUCGGAGCCUGCCACGUCAUCAUGUGUAGCAGUGGUGUGCAUCGGUGCACCCUAAGUGUGACAUUGGAGCAGGCUAUCAUCCUGGCCAGAAGCCACGGACUGCCUCCUCGCUACAUCAUGCAGGCUACGGAUGUGAUGCGAAAGCAGGGAGCAAGAGUUCAAAACACAGCAAAAAAUUUGGGAGUCAGAGAUCGGACCCCACAGUCAGCUCCUCGGUUGUACAGGUUGUGUGAGCCUCCUCCCCCAGCUGGAGAAGAAUGAAGCAAAUUCUCCAGGAACCAGGUGUGACGAAGCUUCUGAACACUGACCUAGCCAAAGUGCACACUGGCUGAAUGUUCUCCACUACAGAUAAAGAAAUGCAUUUUGCCUCUGAAUCUUCCAUCAUGGUGUGAAUGACUAAUGCUCGGUUUAUACCUGGAUAUUUAUGCUGGAAAUGCAUAGGCAUUCGUUAAUUUAAUUUACCUUCACAAACUGAUUUAUGUAUUGAUGUUUAAUAUUCAUCUUUGAGCAUAACGUUCAUCCCUGGAAUUUAUAAAAAAUCAUCAUGGAUAAAAAUUAACCAUUGUGCUUCCUCUUCCAUUCAUUAAAAUUAUUUUGUUUUGUUUUCAUCUUCCCCAAAUGGAUAUACAUGGUAAUGGAUAUUUUCACUUGAAGACAUCUGUCACUGAGGAAACAUGACCAGUCAUCAUGCAAAAAUGUUAAGGAUGGUACAGUCUGGGUGGCAUAGAUGUUCAGUCUCCACUUGCCUAUGAGAAAGUCGUUUAUGUGUGAAAGAUGGAAAAGCAUUUGUUACUUCUUCUAGUAAGGGCUUCUGAAUAUGCAUAGAGUUCAGAUUUUCUUUUUUAGCAUCACAGUAAGCUUAUAUUUUAAUUCUACUUUCCAUGAGCCUUUGAAGUACUCCCAUAUUUCUCAGUAGAGAAGAGAACUGAUGGAGGCUCCCAGAAAGAAUUUCUACCAACUGCUUUCAGGUACCCCUUGCUCAUGGAGAAUUCCAGCGAGCUGGUGCUACCCUUGGCCUCUACACUGGGCUUGACUUUCGGCCAUGUAUAUUUGGGUGCUGUGCUGUCAGGGUCUACAGGAUAAAGGAAGAGGAGACCAAGCAGGUGAGGGGAGAAGGGUGGCUAUCGAGAAAAAGAGAAAAAUAAAUCAACUUAAAAACUCAAACUUUAACUUAGAUAUCUAAAACUCAGUUUUGCAGAGGCCUUCAUAUAAGAUGUGAUACCCUUAAAAGAAUCCACCAUCAUGAAUAUUUUUCUAAAAAGGUAUGGGUAAAAGAGAAAUAAAGCUUUAUUUGUUCUACUUAAAAGGAAUAUUAAGGACUUUAAUAGUUUAUGGAAGUACAUGUAAUGUGUAGCAUUUAUUCAUAUAUAUGAUAGUGAUUUCAGCAUGGUGAAUACAUUAAUCUAUUUAAAAUCUGUAAUUUUCUAAACAAAACAACUAUUGCAAUCAUGAUCAUUACAGUCGUGUAUCACUUAAUAGAGAUGUAUUCUGAGAAAUGCAGUUUAGGCAACUUCAUCAUUGUGCAGAUGUUGUAGAAUGUACUUACACGAACAAGAUGGCUGUGACAUCACUAGGUGAUGUCAUCCUGCAGGGCCACCACUGUUUAUGUUUUCUGUCAUCCACUGAAACAUCAUUAUGCAACACACGACUGCAUAUGGAUUUGGACUAAGUUAUUAUGUGAAAUGCUUUUCAUAACUACAGUAUAGACAAGCCAUUAUUAAAUUUUAAUUAAUGAAAUUUGAUAAUGAUUUUCAAGCUGUCAUCAGAAACCUCAUUACUAGUUGUGUAUUGAAUAACAAAAAUACUGUGUUACGUAUGUAUUAGACAUAUAUAAUACCUGCCAAGGAUAGUAAUUGUUAUUUGGCACUUGAGACAUUAUGGUGAGUCCAUAUGUUUUUUAAAAAAUAUGGAAACCAUCAUCAAAAAUUUAAAAAAAAGUUGAAUGUUUUGAAUGUGAUAUAGAUAGUCCCUUUACAUAAAUACCAAUAUUAAAUAUAACUUUAACUUUCAGGGAUUUAACAUUCUUGAUGUAAUUGGCAAGGGAUCUGGAAGGCCUGAGUUGUGAUUUUCCUGUACUAAAAACUUGGCUUUUUCAUUGUAGGCCACAGAAGUGAAUACAGCUGAUUAAGAGCAAGUAUUUCCAUAUUUUCAUUACUAUUUCCUAAUCACUAUCCAGGAAGCAGUAAUGCUCAGUAGAGCCAUGAAGGGGUCACUUAAACAAUUCAUUUGUACGUGGCUAUAUUUCACAGGACAAGUUACCUACAAUUGUAGUAUCUUUAACAUAUUUCUGUCUUCUCUGUAAAAUGGAAUUGCUUAAUAUUGUUAUGGGGAUUAAAUGUAGAAGUGUUCCUUCCAUCCAGGUUCUUGUUUCUUGCUCCAUGCUCAAAGAUUAGUAAUGGUUGAUAUCAUAAUCAGCCAGUGUAAUUUUGAUUAUAAUAAAAGUUGUAGCUAACACUAAGUGACCGUUAUGUGUCAAGUAAACCUCCAGUUGUCUUACCCAAUUUUUCUUGUUACCAUUUCACUUCAUCCUGACAACAACAAUGUGAAAUAAUACUCUUCAUCACUCCAUUUUAUAGUUGAGGGACUGAAACAAAGGAUAACCCAGUGACUUGCCUAAGGUCACAUGGUUGGUAAGUGGUGGAACCAGAAUUUAAACCCAGGAAGUCUGUCUUCUUAAUUCAUUAUACUACUUUUCCUUAUUAAUAUAAAAAUUAUUGUAGUAUUUCAAAUUAUGCCUCUUAUAUUUACAUAUAGGUGAAUGGAAAUAUUUAAAAUGCCUUUAGUAUCUGAAAAUAUUUCUGGAUAUUUACCAUCCUGGAUAAACAUUUAGAGGUAACCCAACACUGUAGCAAUCUGAAAAUUAUUUCAUAUCAUAUUCCCUAUAAUUGAAGGUAACAGUCUUAGUUGUGUUUUGAAAAGCUAGACUAGUGUAUUAUAUAAGACUUGACUGUAAUUCCAAAACAGUGGUAACAGUAAAAAAAAAUUCUAAUGGAUGAAUGGAUAGUGACAAUUUUUUCAGUACCAUAAUGGGCUUCCAUAUGACCCUGGACAUGUAACUGGCCUUGAGUUUAUAGAAGUGUUUAUAUAAAUGCCAUGUGCUCCACUGCAACCAGUGUACCUUCAAACGUUGCUAGAGCAGGCUAGCUAUGCUUAGGUUCUGAGUUUGGACUACUGCCACUCUCCAGCCAAAAGAGAAGGCCCUGCCUAGAAACUUUAGAUUUUAAUACGUGUCCUGACUAAAAAAUCACUGUUGAGUAGUAAUUCAUAGUUUGUACAUCUUAUGCAUUCCACAGUAUCUUAGAAAUGUUCCUGAUAUUACAAAAUUUAAUAUGUGAAAACUAUGAGGAGUUUGAGAAGACUAGAAAUUUAUAUUGCUCUGUUAUCAUUCAAAGAGGGAGAGAUUUCUGUGCUAGUUGCACUUACAUUGGAGAUUUUAUGUUGAGUUAAGAGGGUAAGCUUUAUUUUAUAAACCAGUAUUUCAAUCUGAAGCCCCCUACUAUUUUCUCUCUCUUUAAAGCACUUUUUGAGUGGCUUGCAUGCCCUGCACCAUCAUUGGCCACUCUUCAUGCAGCAACAAUGUUUAUUUUUAAAUGAGGGCAAUUUCUCUUUUUUUAAAAAAAAAUUAUUUGAAACCCAGAGAGAGAAUGGCAGACACAUAGAAAGAGAAUGCUCCUAUCUACUUAUUUACUCCCCCAAAUGCCCAUGGCAGCCAGAACUGGGCUGAAACGGCAAGACCUGAGAACUCAGUCCAGUUUUUCCAUGUGGGUUGCAGAACUCAAUAAUGGGAGCCAUCACCACUGCCUCAUAGGAUCUUCAUUAUCAGGGAUUGGAACCAGGGCAUGGUCAUGUUAGUCCGCAUUUUAACCACGGGAUCCCACACCUGCCCCAACAAUGACUUCUUAUGAUAGUAUCACACACACACACACACACACAAUAUAUAUAUGACUUUGAAAUAGUGUGUUCUGACUCAAUUUAAAUUUUGUAAUCAUUAAAUUCAAAAUGAAUUGAAGUUGACUUUGAUGGUAACCGUAAGAGCUAAGGAAAGAAAUUAGAAAGCCAAUCAGAAGGGGCGUAUUAACUAAUUUAGGAAAACAAACUAUUUUUAAUUCUUCACACAUAUACAUUUUAUAGCCAAAAUUAGUAUUUACUGAUUAGGAAGCAUUUUUUGUGAAGAAAAUAUUUGAAACUAAUAGAUUUGAAUUAGAAAUACUAAAGUGCUCUUUCAGUAGUUCAAAUAAGUCUUUUUCUACAUAGUAUAACGGCAUAAAUGCAGAGUAGUCAAUAUAUUUAAUCACUUAUAUUUUGAAAAACCAUUAAUAUUGAAAUUUAAAAUGAAUUCCUUUACUUUAAAAUCAUCUAUAUUUUACAUUUUACUUUAAAGACCAUUUAUACACUUUCUGCAUUAGUGGUAUUGAAACUAAUCUUUAGUAUUUGACUAAAUUGCUUAUGAAUUUUUGGAAAUUAUGUUCAAUUUGUAAGAUUUAUUUUCAUAGGAAUUAUCUUACUAAAUUAUAAUUUAAUAAGUCUAACAGUAACAAUUUCAUUGACAUGUAAUAUAUUAAUCAACAUGCUGAAUGAAUUAUCAGUUUUCCCAUUUAAUACUAGGGGAAACAAAGCUCUUAAAAUGGUUUGGCAUGAUGUGAAUUUUGAUUAAGAAAAAUCUUCUUUAUCAAAUGGUUAAAAUUUUAGUGAUGAGCCUCCGCCCUGCCUCAGCCUGCAUAAAGUAGAACAGGUAGUAAACUGUUACAAGAGGAGUCUGUGCCAAAAGUGGUCCCAGGAUAUUCCUUUUGCAAAUAUGACUAUUAUCUUCCUAGGUACUGCAGUUCCAUAAUUGUCCUAAUAUGUAGAAUUUGGUUUCAGAGAAAAAUAUACUACUUCAAAUCUUUGCCAUUAACAUUAGUGAUCUCAGCAUUAUAUGGCCGAGCAUCCCCUGGGCAUGCAUGGAAGACUGUUGAUGUAUGGUCUCUACAGCUUGUGGAAGUUGUUUCAUAGACACAGGCCUCUUCACUCAGGAUGGCUUGCUUCUCUCACUGAGAAGAGAUAUCUGAAGUCUACUGAAUGAGUUAUAUAUGUGUAUGUAUAUGUCUUAGAGUUAUGUAUGCCUACUACUUUUAUGAUAACACAUUAUCAAAAUUUAGUUCUUAUGUCUUAUCUUGCUGAAGAUAUGAAAAAUGGAGUUGUUCAGUUCAGUUAUAUUGAACAUCUGUACUGUGCAGGUCAGAGCUCUGUAACCAUGUAUUCAGUAGAUCUGGGAGAACACGUUUUGAUCACUGGCCCUCAUUUGCUUUCCAACAUGGAGGCAAUUGACCUGCCUGACUCUAUCCUUGAGAAGUUUGCUGAAUAAACAGAAUGGUUGAAUUUCUAAACUCUAUUUCUGCCAGAAAUAGAUAGCUUUGGAUAAUUAAUUUCAGAUGUAAAUAACAUAAUGAAUGCUAUCCACUCAUUUAUCCAUUCAACAAUUGUUUUUGAGAAUUUACUUUGUAUGAGGCACAGCCAGUAGAUCUGUAUAUGUUUUGGUCUGUUGGGAAAACCUUCACAACAUCACUCUAUGUUAUUGAUCACCUAAGUCUUUUACUUAUAAUGACAUUAUUUGUGAUACAAACCUAUUCUCAUACCAUGUACAUAUAUAAUAUAUGUAGCCAAGAAUACUAAAUCAGAGAAACAUUUUAGAAAACAUGCAUUUGAAUUUGAAUAUCUAAUGCCUCAAGCAAAUUUAUUAGUCUCAGAUGAAUAUAUAUUUUUGUAACUGCCAAGCAAAUCAGUGGAACAUAGCUUUUUGCUUAAAGUAUUUUUAUAAGUACUCAUUUAUACAUUGUUCAUUAUUUUAAAUAGUACAAUGUCAAAUUGGUUAUAUAAAUAGUGACUGUUUUAAAGGUAUCCAUAUUUAACAUGAUGCAACACCCAAACCCUAAUGAUAAAUUUCAUCUGAAUGUCUUAUUAUACUAAUUGUUUUUUCCUUUGUAAAAUAUCCAUGUAACAUAGUUUCAGUCACUCUCUGUUUUGUGAAUGGUUAAAAUUAUCAAAGUGCAUUAUGUAUUUUAUAUCAUUUAUUUUUAUCUGCAUAAAAGAUGGGAAAAUAACAUUAUAUGAGAAAUGUCAAUAAAGUGAAAUGUAGUAUGACCA